CUCAGUUAUACAGCAUGGCUAGAGACAGUCAGCGAGUCAUCUCAAUUUCGUGAUGCAAAAUGCUCCCACUCAGAUUUUUAUUCGUCAUUGGUGCUCCAAGCUACACCCAGGGCACUUGAAGUGAGGACAGUGAACUCAGACAAAGGAGUGCCCCUCCCCGAUCUCUGCUUUUGCUUAUUACAAUUCUGCGUUGUCAAAGCUUACGAGAGCUUUUCUUUUUGGUAAUCACUUUUUUCGUACUUGAUCGCUGUAAAUAUCGCUUUGGACAUUACUGUCCUCUUAUGAUCCUUUACCCAUCUCUCAGACUCAGCUGUAUGCAUGAUGCUUGGAUUCAUUAUGUGAAGACAAUCCGCUAUACUGCUUAGCGUUAGCGUGGGUGGUCCGCGCGCCUUUUCUAGACAGCAAGCUCGAUGCGACGAUUGUUCCUCACGAGUCUCUCACACACCUCGACACAAUCCAGGAUGGCACCCAAUGACAAAGCUGGGCGCGUCGUGUUCAUCGGAAAUAUUCCUUACGGAGGCACUGAGGAGCUCAUUGUCGAGACUCUUGAGCGCGUAGGAAAGGUCAUCAAUUUCCGCCUCGUAUAUGACAAGGAAACCGGCCGCCCCAAAGGCUUUGGUUUCGCCGAGUUCGAAGACGCCGAUGCGGCAGCAUCCGCCGUGCGCAACCUGAACGACCACGAGCUCAUGAACAGGAAGUUGCGUGUCGAUUGGUCAAACGAUAACGGUGCUGGAGACAAUGCGCCUUCUUCACACAAUCCUCAACCCUCAAUGAACGGUCAACCUACAGCGCCCGCAGCGCCGGUUGCGAUUCCUCCCAUUCCUGCAGGCGCCGACAUCCCACCCAACCUUGACGCUCCCGAUGCCAUUUCACGCACUCUGUCUACGCUCCCCACGCCGCAGCUUCUCGAUAUUCUCUCGCAGAUGAAAGGGCUCGUCAUGUCUGACCCUGCAAAAGCGACUGAACUUCUCAGACAGGCACCCCAGCUCUCCUACGCCAUCUUCCAGUCUCUCCUUCUUCUUAACUUGGUGGAUCCCACGGUUAUUGGAGGAUUGGUCGAAGCGACUGCGCCCGCGCCCGCGCCAGCUCCUCCGCCCCAGAUGCAGACUCCUCUGCAGCCUCCUCCUCAGGCCCAACCUCCUCGACCACCGCAAGGAUAUGCCGCAUAUCCUCCAGCCCCUGUUCCCACACCACCCCAGCCGUACACGCAAGCUCCACAACAGCCCCCUCCCCAACCAGCUCAGGCUAUGGAUGCGCAGCAAGCGGCAUAUGCUCAGAUUAUGGCUAUGUCACAACAGCAGAUUGACAUGCUUCCGCCUGAACACCGAGCCCAGAUUAUGCAAAUUCGACAGAUGCUUCUGGCUGGUCAGCGUUAGGAGGCUGAAUCUGAGGGGCAUUUGCCAGUUGAAUCCGGGAGAAACCCGCAGGCUAUUUUUGAGGAGUGUUCACCACCUGAGCUCGAAGAAAGCUCGCGUUCUACGCCCGAAGAAUAUUUUCCACCGGAGCCUGAGGAAUAUGGACAUAGCAGGUCUGAGGUUCACUCAGCUCCUGCAUCUGAC